GUACGGAAGGUGUCGCCACAAGUACGACGCAACUUUUGACCUCAAACGAUACAAUAAAGCUUAUUAUUUAAAUUUUAACGAUUUUUGUUGAAGUUUUCAGAUGAAACCUACAACAGAGGUAAAAUUUAUUGAUUUUCAAAAUGAUGAACGUUGUAAGAGAUUGGAGCGAGCUUUGAAACUCAAUAUGAUGAAAGAGAUAAAUAGGGAGGAAAAAAAUGAAACGUAUCCGUUACCUAUGACACCUAGUAGUAUUUCUAAUAUCAAUAUGGAUACAUUUGAGUCAAGUAGCCAUUCUAAUUUUCUACAAACCUCCAAAAUCGGCAGUGAGGUUGUUUCUUCGUCCAAAAAUUUAAGAAAUAUGGUCUUGAAAGAACUUCACACAAACAGUUACAAACCAAUUGCUACGUCUAGCGUAAAAAGAAUGAACAUGACAAACGAUUCUCAGGAUAAUUAUUCUUUAAUGCCACCACCUCCUAACUCUGUAGUACCUAGUACUAUUAAAACAUCAAACAAUGCAUCAUGGUGUAAUGAUGUCAGAAUACAGUCAAUGACAGAGUCCGAUAUUGACAAAGAUUGUUCUAAAAAUGAUACCAGUUCUGGUACAAGUAAAACCAAAAAACUUAAAGUGUUUUCAGAAUGGAGGGUCAUGUUAAACAACCAAGAUAAAUUAAUUAUCAAAGGAACAAUACAUCGUGGAAUAUAUGCUCGUAGCAAGCCUAUUGCGAGACGAUUAACAAAUAAUAUUGUUGAAUCUGUUUGUCAGCAUUUAUACAGUUUAGAAGGAGAUUUGGUUGACAAAGAUUGUGAUUUGCCAGAUUAUGUUAGAGAUAAAUUUUUGUAUGGAUUUCCCAAUGACUGGUUAAAUGUUUGUGACAUCUGGAAAACAUUUAUAAGUCAAGGAUGUAAAAUAUCUUUUCGCUGGCCUACUUCCAUCACGGACAGUGACGAUGAUUUAAAUAAUGAAUUAACAGACGUCACGUUUGUAGCUCCAAACAGUCCGGAAAAUACAGUUUCAAAGUCAUUCAAAGAAUUCAAUAUAUCGCCUCCGAAUAAUUCGAAUGUCUUGCAGACACAAACAGAGAAGCAAAAUCAUAGUUCACAUGUACAUACUUUAAGUAAUUCGUUUACUCAGACAUCAAUAUCUGGCACGAGUCCUAUUUCAUGGUCGCAUGAUAAUAAAGAGAAUAGUCAGCAACAAAAAAAUGCGACUGUAAAUUGUUUAUAUUCCGAUAAUGAAAUACGUAAUAUAAAGGAAAAGUUGAAUCUUAUUAUAGAUACUUUAGCAAAUAAGAAUAGUCCUAACGAUUGUCUGCAUACAAUUGGUCAAAUACUUGACCGGUUACAUUAUAUUAUAUUAUAUGGAUCAGUUGGAGCUAAUGAGUCCAAUAUGGCGAAUGCAACAUCGGAACGAAAUGAAUUGACGGUGCAUGCAGAUAGUAACGAAAGGAGUCACAGUUCGAAAGAAUAUUGCUCGUCUGAAGUUAUUCCUUUGCAGAAUAUUACCGAGAUUGUUAAAAAUAAGUCGAUAAUCACGGAUAACAAACUUACGGAAUAUAAUGAUUUAUUACAAAAGAACAAAACUGUCAUCGAUGCAAAUAAAACGAAAGUUACCAACGAUUCUGAUAGCGAAAGUGAAAUAUAUGCUGGAGUUCGUAAGAUAUCAGUAGAACAAUUAUUACAGCAUAAGAAACUGUCGAUACAAUCUCCUAAACGUAAAGGAAGAAGAAAUGUUUCGCAUCAUAAAUCAAAUAAAGAGGAAAAAGAACAAACUUCAAGUAAAUCUGAAGUUAAAAGUAUUACUGGUACACGGAAGAAUACACAAAUUUAUAAGAUAAAUCAUGAUGAUUCUAGCAUCAGUAUUUUAGAAGACAUCAGAGACAAUAAAUAUUCAAGUCACAAUAAUUAUAUUAAUCGAAACGUUAAGAGUAACGUUAAUAGGCGUUCUAAGUCUGAUACAAUUGGAAAGCAAUCGAACAGUACAAGUGCUGCUCCUAUAGUGGACAAUAAUAUGUAUGAAGUGCAGGAACAUUUCAAACAGAAAAAUUCAGCAUUCACAUUUAAUAUCAUAGAAAAUGGUGAAUGUAUUGGUAAUGAAUAUGUAAAAAGUAAAAACGAUACGGUGGAAGAAAGCUUUAAUAGAAAAGCUAUUAAGAAAUGUGAAACUACGAAUUAUCAGUGUCCAAAUUGUGCAUCUCAUGAACAGGCUAAAAAUCAUUCAAAAUCUAAUGUAAUUAAUUCAGUGCCUAUUGUAAAUUUAGUAGACAUAAUGAAUGUUGGUACGCGUUUUAAAAAUAAAAAAAUUAUACCUCCAUUAAACAAUUGGACUGGAGAACGCGUUUGCGAAAAAGAGAAUAGUUCAAUACAGUGUCUCGAUAAUUUACGAGUUUCUUUGAUGAAUGUUUUGUAUGAAAAUCCCAGUAAAAGUAAAACUGCAAAUCAACAAAGGAUACAAGGGAAUAACGACAGUAGGAACAGUAGCAAUUUAAGUGAAUUAAAGAAUAGUAUCACAAGUUCUCCAGAAAAAUCAAAUGACACCAAAAUUAGAAAGAAUCCAGAGGAGUUUGAAAGCAAUAAUCUCGAAAAAUUACAGAAAGCAAAGAAAAGGCAAAUCGAUCAGCAGGUAUCAGACUCGAGCAUCCCUAGCGAUUGUUCAGACGUUCCUGUGCAGAAGAGGCAAAAAAUAAACGCGAAACGACGGGAGUCACCGAAUUUCAAUCGAUCGGGAAAUUCAGAAAAUUUAUAUAAACAUUGCUCGAACAAUGGAGGAUCGAAACCGACGUUGAGAUCAAUGAAGUCCUCGAAUGCCAGAACUAAACAAACGUUUCACCAACAAUCUUCGGUUGGCAGUUCCAAUAUAGUAUAUGCUUAUUAUAAUGAUAUUUCGACAAUUGAUAAAGUAUUAUCCACUGACGAAGAGUCUCGUAUAUAAAGUAACAUAUCGCUAGUUGAUUUUAAUUCAUGUAUAUUUGUUAUUUUAAUAUUAUAACUAAG